AUGAGUAAUGAUCAUCAACCAUACUCAAGACACUUCAAUGGAUCAUGGUUCAAUCUCAAUAGUACUCAGCAUCUGUCUUCUUUGUACUCUUCUUCACCUCCUCCUCCCUUUUCUUAUGCAUCUUUUUCUCGCUACUAUGAACCCUCACCUCCUUCUCCACCUCUCAGAGAAGCUCUUCCUCUCCUCAGCUUAAGCCCAGCAAGAAGAUUCAACCAUGAUCUAGAAUACCCUUUCGAUACUACUAAUGAUUCAUGUGCCAGCAGGUCCAUGGAAAUUGAUCCCAAUAGCAUGCCUUCUGAUGAUCAGGAGACUGUGACUGUGGCUCUACAUCUUGGGCUUCCAAGCCCCACCUUUUCUGAAGCUGAUCUAAUUUCAAGACUUUCCACUGAUACACAUAAUAAUAUUGAAAGCGAUCAUAAACAAGUGGAGAAGGAGGAGGAGGAAGAAGAAGGUACAAUUAGUAAUGGGUAUCUUACAAGCACACUAAACAAGGGUCAGUACUGGAUCCCUACUCCAACUCAAAUUCUGAUUGGCCCAACUCAGUUCUCUUGCCCUCUUUGCUUCAAAACCUUCAACAGAUACAAUAACAUGCAGAUGCAUAUGUGGGGGCAUGGAUCUCAAUAUAGAAGAGGCCCAGAAUCCCUAAGGGGAAUACAACCAACAGCCAUGCUAAGGCUGCCAUGCUACUGCUGUGCACCAAGGUGCCAUAACAACAUUGAUCACCCAAGGGCUAAACCACUCAAAGAUUUCAGAACCCUCCAGACACAUUACAAGAGGAAACAUGGGAUCAAGCCGUUCAUGUGCAGGAAAUGCAGUAAGGCCUUUGCGGUGAGAGGGGAUUGGCGAACCCAUGAAAAGAAUUGUGGGAAACUUUGGUAUUGCAGCUGUGGAUCAGAUUUCAAGCACAAGAGGUCUUUGAAAGAUCACAUAAAGGCAUUUGGAAAUGGGCAUGCAGCAUAUGGAAUUGAUGAUGAAUCUUGCUUUGAAUUUGAAGAAGAAGAAGCUGCUUCUGAGAUUGAUCAUCAAGACAACGACCACUUACAGUGA